AUGUCACUGUUCAUGGUGCGGUACAGCGGCUUCCAGGUACCGAACAACUGCACGCCACGCACCAUCACCAUUACUGUGCGUAACCAGUCGAACCUGACACUUGAUUGUUUAGGUCCAUUCUUCGUCGUGCUUGCGAAGCAGGUGCUGCUGGAGAGCCUCUACGGAGGCUUCGUGCUGAGCAUCUUCAUGCCAGUCGUAGUCAUCACCACCAUCGGCAUCUCCACGCUCUUCUUCGCUUUCGAAGAUUUCACGGACCGCAUCUCUGUGACGCUCUCUUGCCUCAUCGUCUUGGCGGGUCUCUACUCGCAAAUCUGCGUCGUCAUCCCCAUCUCGGCGGCCCCGAAACUCGUCGAUGUUUACUUCUUCUACGCGAUAGUUAGGAUGUUUUUUGUAUGCAUCCAUCACCUGGGUGUCUACCGGUGGCUGAUUUACUUGAAAAAUCAACAACAUCGGCGAAACAACAUCAGCGAAUCAACAAACAAAACAAAGGGUAUCUCAUGUAAAGCCGCGACGAAGAACAUCAAAGGGGCAACGAGUGUCCCUGCUCUUGGACCAUCCGAGGUUGACACCGGCGGCAAUACAGUAGAAGGCUUAGAAUCGCCCAAGAAAAGGUCUUUCUUUGACUCGAACAUGAUCACGCCGGUGUUUAUAGGUCAUCAAAACACUAAAGGAGAGGACAACGCAGACGAUGCAGGGGCUGCCAAUGCUGAAGCGGACAAACAAUUUUCUAAAAUGUAUGCCAAAUUUAAAGUCGCUAACAACAUUUCGUUUGUUCUGGGAGGCGUGUUUGAUCUUCUAUUCUUCGGAUGCGUUGCUCCUAUGAUUAUAUUAUCGAGGCAAUACGUCUUUGCUCAGUUUCCUUCUGUGACCCUCAGCCAGUGAGAAGCAUUCCUGUUUUUUCUUCAACCAUGCGUUCCUAUAUUUAUUCUAUCCAGCUAACUCCUUAUAUCUAAGGCGUGAGCCAUAGAUCUAUGAUAGUCAUAGAUAAUUUGGAUCUAUGGCAAUUAAUCCAAGAAUGCAGUGCACGU